AUGCUGGCUGCUGUAAGGAAUUCUAGAAGGUUGAGAUCUUCUAGAAGAUCUCAAAUAUGAGAUCUGAAGUCAAAGCCCCCUUCAAUUUUAAUCUGAGCAAUUCCAGACUUUCGAAUCGUCCUCUUCAACAUCUGGGAGAAGGCGGAAGAAGACGAUCAGUGAGGUGGACAGUGCUGGAGAAGAACCGACUAGCAGUAACGCGGAUGAGAAGAAUAGUGGUGAGGAUUCGGAAGUGUUCUGGGGGAAGAUCUGGAGCGUUAGAGUAUCCUGGGAGAAGAUCUGGAGUUCUAGGGGUUUCUGGGAGAAGAUCUGAAGCUCUAGAGGCUUCUGGGAGAAGAUCUGGAGAUCUAGAAUAUCCUGGGAGAAGAUCUGAAGAUCUAGAAUAUCCUGGGAAAAGAUCUGGAGCUCUAGAAGCUUCUGAAAUUCAAAAUCUAGAAUUUUGAAGUUUCAGAUUUUCGGCUGAGUUUUAGAUUCAGAUGCUGAAGUUAUGAGCUCAAAAUUUUCAGCCAUAUUUCUAGAUCUAGAAAUUUCAAAUUCAGCUUCCAAGUUCCAACAUCUAGAUCUUGAAUCUUCAGAGUUAGAUUCUGAAUUUCGAAAUCUAGAAUUUUUAUGUUCUGAACUUGAACAUUGAAUUCUAGAUCUUGAAAAUUCAAGCUGGGCUUCAGAAUUUCACUUUCAGGUUCAACAUUUUUGAAACUCACAGAUCUUGAAGUUCGAGACUCUUUGAAAGUCCAGAGGAAGCUUCUGAACUUCCUGACCAUCUAGAAGGUUCAGAAUUUCUAGAUCUUUGAACUUCAGUCCCCAGAUCCUUCAAAAAUCAAUAAUUAUUUUUCAGAACACCGUCUCGAGCUCAAAAAACGUCUAACCACAUUUCUGACCAGUAAGUUAGCCUAUCUUGGUAUUUUUCGAAUUUUCACUUUCUCAAGUGUUUUCACACUUACAUAUCAUAUCAAAAAUUCCCUUCAUGAUCAUAUCAAAAACAAACAAAAAAAUCUACGUCACACACAAAAAAGUGGGAAAAAAAAUGGAAAAACAAACAUCAGAGAGAAACAUUGUCGUCCGGAAAUCCAAACAUUCCGCACACACACGGCAUUUUACGGCAACGCAAAUAUUAGCGGAGAGGGGUGCGCGGAAAAUGAGAUAUAAUAACAUAGACUACAUGAGAAUUGUGCGAUUUUUGGUGACGCAAUCAGGAAAUUUGGAAAAUUUUGGAAUUUUUGACACGUGGGGAUCUGAAUUUUCCACGUGGCACAAAUUUUUAAGAUUUUUAGGAAGCUAUUAGAAUUUUACCAGGGGAUUAUAAAUCAAGUAAUAACAAUUUAAGUGCCACGUGGCAGGAAGAAUUUCAGAGAAACACAAUUUUCAGACAAUUUUUAAUGAGGAGCUCCAGAAUUCUGAAUUGAGGUCAAAUUUCACGUGGAAAAAUUUUUGAUCUACGUAAAUUUUUGAGAUUUUUUUUUGCCACGUGGCAUUUUUGCUGGAUUUUGAGAUUAUUUUCCACGUGGCAAAAUUAAGUUACAGAAUUCUGGAUUCUGAAAUUUUGAGCCGAGGAUUCCACGUGGCGAAAUUCAUAUUAAGAAUCCACGUGGCAAAAUCAAGUUACAGAAUUCUGGAUUCUGAAAUUUUGAGCCGAGAUCUCCACGUGGCAAAGUUCAGAUUAAGAAUCCACGUGGAAAAAUUCAGCUUCUAAAUUCUGGAUUCUGAUUUUUCAAGCCCAAAUACCACGUGGCAAAAUUCAGCUUCGAAAUUUUUGAUUUCCAAAAUUUAGGUCUGAUUUUACACGUGGCAAAGUUCAGUUUUUAAAAAUCUAGAUUUCAAGAUUCGAGUCAAGAAUCCACGUGGCGAAAAUCAGUUCCGUAAUUCUGGAUUCUAAAUUUUUAAGUUCAAAAUUCCACGCGCCAAACAUCAGAUUCAGAAAAAAUGUUGAUCUCCAAAAUUUAGGUAAAAAAAAAUCCACGUGGAACGCAAGCCUCAACCAAUUUUUCUCGAUUUUUGCAGACGAGCAACCAAUGGCUUCUUCGGAUUCCGGCAUCGAAUCGACCGCCGAAGUCGACUUAUCCGAACUCAAAGCCUCCGAUUCCCCAAUGUCACAUCAAGGCGCCGAAUCGCCGCGCGACGAAGAAGACGAGCCACGUGGCGAUAUUUUGGUGUGCGGCGAGUGCCAUCACACUUUUGCGCUCACCAAUUUCAGCACAUUCAUCGAGCACAAAAUAUCGAAUUGUGGCGGGAAGUUGACGCCGUCGGAUGAUUUGUAUACCGGAUCGGGAAGGUCGCGGAGACGCGCUACAACUUAUAAUAAUUCUGGUGGCGGAAGAGGCGGUGGGGCGAGAUCCACGUCAGCAAGUGCUAUGAUGUUGGGAUACAAUAAUAUGGAUGUGACGACGGAUACCAGUGAUUUGGGUAGGUUCUGUGGAGAGCGCAGACAGCUAGGGGCAGCUAGAGAUGGAUGAGAGACGCAGAAAAACUAGACAGAGAGAGCAGAGAAAAUGAAGAGACCAGAGAGCACAGACAGCUAGAUAGAGAGAGAGCAGAGAAUAUGGAGUAGGUUAGAGACGCAGAGAAACUAGACAGCUAGAGAGAGCAGAGAAAAUGAAGGGGCUUAGAGAUACCAGAGAAACAUAGAGAACACAGACAUCUAGAGAGAGAGAGAGAGCAGAGACGGUUGAGUAGGUUGAAACAGAGAGAGAGUACAGACAACUAGAGAAUGCUAGAUAGACAGAGGUAAGUGAGAGACGCAGAGAAACUGAACGUCUAGAGACGCAGAGCAGCCAGAGAGCUUGACAUACCAGGAGCCACUAGAGACGCAAAGAAGUUAGAGAUACCAGGAGCCGCUAGAGACGCAGAGAAGUUAGAGAUACCAGCAACCACUAGAGACGCAGAAAAACCAGACAGCUAGAGUAGGACAGACACGCUACCAUAUCCACCCCAAGAAAGCUAGAGACGCAGAUAGUUUUGACCUCUAUAUCCUAGAUUUCUAGCUCUUUGGUCAGAGUUCAGACAACCAGACACUGUAUCUUCCCGGUGGCCAGAGACGCAGUACACUAUUUGUCCACAAAGUAAUAGUAUACUGUAUAUUUACUUGCUCCACACAAACUUUUCGCCAUUUUUCACGUGAGAGUUGUGACAAGUGGACCAGUUUUGACCGAUUGUGUCAACUUUUUUUGCGGUUGGUUGCUCGGCGAGCAAAUUGCGCAAGAGAGAGAGAGCAGCUCAGCGCCAAAGUAAACUCUUGAAACAUAUAUAUGAAUAGGGGAAGAGGGGUCGAGUUACGAUUCGAGAGGCUUCUGAGGGGAAUCUGGAGCUCUGGAGGCUUCUGGGGGAAGAUCUGGAGCUCUAGAAGUUUCCUGGAGAAGAUCUGGAGCGCUAGAAGCUUCUGGCUAAAUAUCUGGAGCUCUGAAGGCUUCUGGGUGAAGAUCUGGAGCUCUGGAGGCUUCUGGGAGAAGAUCAGGAGCUCUAGAAGUUUCCAGGAGAAGAUCUAGAGCUCUAGAAGAUUCCUAGAGAAGAUCUGGAGCUCUGGAAUAUCCCGGGAGAAACUCAUGAGCUCUAGAUCUUCUAGACCUCCAAAAGAUCCCGCUGAACUUUGAUCUACCGAACUUUCACAAAUAACAUCUCAUGACUCACCGUUCACCUGACCUCUCUUCUGUCCAACACAACUACAGUACUCCGCCCCGGGCGCCCCCUAGUAAAAGUCAACAAAAACCCGCCGGCGCCUCAUAUUUGCCAAGCAAAAAAAACCAAUGACCUCAAACUAAUGGCAGGACAAACACGGGACUUUGGGCCUCCAAAAAUAUCGAUUUUUUUCUUGCAGCCAAUUCCGCCAAGUCGCUGACAUGCGCCGCUUGCAAGGAGCGAUUCGGAGACAUUUGGACGCUGCUGAAACACACCUACGCCAUUCAUGGAAUCCGAAUUUGUCAGGAAACGCUUCCGGAAUCGGAUGUUUCGGUGACGUCAACUUCGUCACCAACAUCGCACGAUUCGGUGCUGAUGCCGUCGAGUUAUCGGCCGAAUAAUGCUGGUGAGUUCUCCCCGUUCAGGAUCUAUAGAACUUCAGGAACUCUGGCUAGAGCAUCUAGAAAGAUCGGUGAGCUAGAUAGUUAGGAGAUCUAGGUCUGAAGCCAUUAAGAACAUCAGUAGAUUUUUGAACCCUAGGAACCCUAGCUUUAUAUAUAAAAGAAUUCUGAAAUUCCAGGUGGAUUUUCAGGUCGAAGAUUCUAGCCCUUUUAGAAGGUUGCCACGUGGCAUUCAGUUCUGAUAAUCCAGAAGUGUGGUCACUUCAGUGGAACCCUAUCCAGCUAGAACAUCUGGAAAUCCACGUGGCUUUUUCAAAUUUAGAUUUUUUGUAGUUUAAAAAUCCAGUUUCCACGUGGCAUCUAGAUGUGUAGUCACUUAAGUAGAACCUGAUCAGGUUAGAACAUCUGAAAAUCCACGUGGCUUUUUCAAAUUUAGAUUUUUUGUAGCUUCAAAAUCCAGUUUCCAUGUGGAAUCUAGUUCCGAUAAUUUAGAAGUGUGGUCACUUAAAAAAAACUUCAAAAAAACCUGAUCCAGCUGGAACAUCUAGAAAUCCACGUGGCUUUUCAGAUCGAACAUUCUAGCCCUGAAUUUGAAAAAGAUCCUAAAUAAUAGAGUUCAAAAGGUUGCCACGUGGAUCUAGAAGUUCUUCUGAAAUUAUAUCAAAAACGAAAAAAACGAUCUGGGAAUCCACGUGGAUCUAUAAUUAAAAUCCCCAAUUUCCAGCCAAAAUCAUCCACCCAACAACCAUCAAGACUGACUCGAUCCUCUUCAAUAGUUUCUGCUCUGAGAGGCUCAAGGAGAUCGCCUCCAAAGCCGGCGAAUCGGACGCUGCAAAAGCCCUGCGUCGGCUCGCACCCAGCGACGAAACCGAAGACGAGCAAAUCUCCGCGUUCACCUCGACGCUCGCGCAACGUGCCGCCUCCAUUCCGCAACCCACAACAACUCAUUCCGGCUUCCACAACACAUCCGUCACCAACGCCACCACCAACUUUCUGACGCAAUCGAAUGUGCUUGCCGCAAUGCAGGACUACUAUGCGCAACAAUUGCCGUAUAUGAGCAAUCAGAAUGCGGCCGUCGCGUUGCUGAAUUUCUCGAACAACUUGCCGCAAGUGGGAGGUGCUCCGCAAGUGGCGCAAGUCGCUGCACCACCGCCUCCUCCGCAAGUUAUUCAGAAUCAACCGAGUGUUGCGCACACGUUGUUUCAGGGAUUGUAUAAAUUGUGAGUUUUUAACUAGAUUAAUUAAGCUUAAGGUUCAGAAGUAGAUCGAUAGAGUUAAGCCUAAGCUAUAAGCCUUAGGCUUAGGCUAAGCCUGAGGUAUAGGCUAAGCUUAAGGUUUAAGUUAAGCCUAAGGCUUAGGCUAAGCCUACGGUAUAGCCUAAUGUAAAUAUUGUGAGCAUAAGGUCUAGGCUAAGACUAAGCUCUAAGUUAAGCCUUAGGCUUAGGCUAAGCCUAAGGUCUAGGCUAAGCCUAAGAACUCAGGCUAAGUCUAACGUCUAGGUUAAGCCUAAGGCUAAGGUCUAGGAUGAGUCCAGAGUCUAGGUUAAUCUUAAGAUCUAGGUUAAGCCUGAGGCUUAGGCUAAGCCUAAGGUAUAUGCUGAGCACACAGUCUAGGUUAUGCUUAAGGUCUAGGUUAAUCCUAAGGUAUAUGCUGAGCCCAAAGUCUAGGCUAAGCUUUAGGUCUAGCUUAAGCCUAAGGCUUAGGCUAAGACUAAGGUCUAAGUUAAGCCUGAGGCUUAGGCUGAGCACAAAGUCUAGGUUAUGCUUAAGGUCUAGGCUAUGUUUAAGGUCUAGGUUAAGCCUAAAGUCCAAUUUGAGCCUAAUUCUGAUCCAGAGCACACAUUUCCUAACCCAAUAAUCUUCCAGAAACUCCAGCCCAUCCGACGACACCGCUCCACCAUCAGCAUUUCAAAUCCGCCCCGCUUCCGCAGCCAUCCGCCGUCGCCCCUCACCCGACGACACUCCACCUCGCAAACACAUCAAACUCGAGGACGAAUCCGAGCCGCUGAUUGUCGUGGAUGAUGCGGAACUCGCUGAACCCGCCGCACGUCGGCAAACCAACAUCAAGAAGGAGCGAUGUCAUUAUUGUAACAAGGUGUUUACCAAUCGAUCUAACCUCAUUGUUCAUUUGCGCAGUCAUACCGGCGAGAAGCCGUACAAAUGUCAAUUGUGUCCGUACGCUUGCGCGCAGAGCAGCAAGCUCACACGGCAUAUGCGAACUCACGGACAACAGGGCAAGGAAACCUAUCACUGUUAUAUCUGUCGGAUGCCAUUCUCCGUGCAUUCCACACUCGAGAAACAUAUGCGGAAGUGUGUGGUGAAUUCUAGCGGUGCGCAAGGUCGCCUAGAAGAGCUCACCGCAAAGCUGGAAAGACCUCGACCAACCCCGUCAGCUCUUGCGGACGCCACAAGUCUUCUAGCCUUGUCGAAUCCUACUUUGGGAGCAAGUGGACAGGCUUCCGCGCAGCCUCCGCAAUCCGCCGUCUCGCAAUCUAAUCAGAUUGUGUUGAAUUGGUUGCAGGCGUUGAAUGCGUCAAAUCCGGCGAACACUGCGUCGAGCGGAACAACGAUGAAAGAGGAUACGAUUGAAGCGGAUGAGGAUAUGGAGGAGACCGAGGCGAGCGAGUUGAAUGAGAAGAUUUUGACGCAGGUUGGUUUAGGGAUACUGUAGGGAUACUGUAAUAUGGUUCCGGAAAACCAAAAAGCUUCCUGGGUGCUCUAGAUUUACUGUAGAUAGUUGAAGGAUGGGUAGACGUAGAGCUUUCUUAAAUCUCAAGAGCAACUUGCACUGUAGGUAUACUGUAGAGCCACGUGGCAAGCUUAUCGCUGUGGAACCUCGGAGGUAUACUGUAGAAACACCGAGCUUCAAGUAGACUAUAGUUACAGAGAACUCUGGCUAUACUGUAGUUACACAGGGUUUUGAAUAUACUGUAGUCACAAAGUGCUUUAGGUAUACUGUAGUUACAAAACGCUCUGGGAUUACUGCAGUUACAAAGUGCUUUGAGUAUACUGUAGAAAAACCAAGCUUCAAGUAGACUAUAGUUAUAGAGAACUUGGGCUAUACUGUAGUUAUACAGGGCGCUGGGAUAACUGUAUUCAUAAAGUGCUUUAGGUAUACUGUAGAUACAGAGCCCUCUGGCUAUACUGUAGUCACAAAGAGCUUUCAGUAUACUGCAGUUACACAGGGGUUUGGGUAUACCGUAGUCACAAAGUGUUUCAGGUAUACUGUAGUUACACAGGGCCCUAGAAUUACUGUAGUUUUAAAGGGUUCUGGUCAUACUGUAGUUAGAUGAUGAAAACUAAGUCUAUCUCAGCCUCUCUGGAUUACUGUAGAUCAAAAAAAUCCACUUGGCAAUCCGUAAAAUGUGGAUUUUCUCCAGUCCGAAGCCCUAUAAGCCCCAAAGUCAAGCCCAAAUCCAAUUAUUUCCAGAAAGCCGAAAAUCCCGUCACCAUGAAUCAAGCGCCCACCGCCACAGUCUAA